GGAAUCCGAGGAGGAGCGCGCAGGUAGCGGACCCUCCAUCAAGCCGCUCAUCGCAGCGACAGCGACAGCAGCACCGGAAGCGGUACAAAGGGCAGCGGAGAGAGGAGCGAAGGAGACGACAACAAUGGCGGUGGUGCGAAAGAAACAGGACGACAAGUACCUGCUCGCCCUGCGGGAGUUGGUGGCCAGCGGGUCAGGGGGCAACCGGCAGUGCUUCGACUGCGGGCAGAAAGGACCGACCUACGUGAACAUGACCAUCGGAUCCUUUGUCUGCACUCGCUGCUCCGGAGUCCUACGCGGACUGACUCCACCGCACCGGGUGAAAUCCAUAUCGAUGGCCACAUUCACACAGGACGAGAUCGACUUCCUGCGCAGCCACGGCAACGAGCUGUGUGCCAAGACCUGGCUGGGCCUGUGGGAUCCCAAGCGGGCCGUCCUCCAGCAGGAGCAGCGCGAGCUGAUGGUGGACAAGUACGAGCGGAAGCGGUACUACCUGGAGCCGGCCAGCCCGCUCAAGUCCCUGGCCAAUGCGGUCAACCUCAAGUCGUCCGCUCCGCCGACCACGAGUCACACCCAGAACGGCCACCACAACGGGUACGCCAGCAUCAACCUGACGCCUCCCUCCGCCCAGAGGACCUCGGCCAACGGCCUGCACAAGGUGGCCAGCGCCCACUCCUCCGGCAACUCCUCAACCUCGAUCAGCCGGCCCCACCACCACCACCACAGCAGCCAAAACAACAACAACGAUGCCUUCGGCCUGGGCGGAGGCCUGAGCAGCCUGAACAGCGCCGGCUCCACCUCCACGGGAGCCCUGUCGGACACCAGCAGCUGCGCCAGCAACGGCUUCGGAGCGGACUCCGACUUCGUGGCCGACUUCGGCUCGGCCAACAUCUUCGAUGCCACAUCGGCGCGCUCGACGGGAUCGCCGGCGGUGUCCUCGGUCUCCUCGGUGGGGUCCAGCAACGGGUACGCCAAGGUGCAGCCGCUGCGGGCAGCUCACCUGCAGCAGCAGCAACAACAGCAGCAGCUCCUCAAUGGGAACGGUCACCAGGGCACAGCGAACUUCGCGGACUUCGAUCACGCACCCAUCUUCAAUGCCGUGGCUCCAACCACUUUUCACGAUUGGGUCAGCGAUUGGAGCAGGCGGGGCUUCCACGACCCCUUCGACGAUUGCGAUGAAUCGCCUCCAGGCUCAAGUCCCCCAGCUGCUCCGGCUCCCGUAGUGUCGUCACCACUGCCAACCGUGCAGGAAGAACCAGAGCUGGCGUGGAACUUCUGGCAGGAGGAGAUGCGAAUAGAGGCGCAGGAGCAAGAGUCGCAACAGCAUCAGCUACAGCUACAGCAGGAGCCGCCCUUCUCCUUUUUCAAUACGCAUAGCACUCCGCCCCUUUCGCCCUCGAAUCCCUUCCUGCCCUACUUGUCAAGUGAGGAACAGCGUCCGAGUUCCCCAGAGCAGCCCUCCUCAUUCUCCUAUCUGUUGUUUAGCUCGAUCUCGAGCAGUUCCCCAGAGGACCGGGCGGAUGAUCAAGAGAUGAAUAUCUUAAAUGCCAAUUUCCAUGACUUGUUCACGUGGAGUGCACCCUUGCAGAACGGCCAUGCGAAAAGUCCGCCCAAGAGCGGCAGUGCGGCGAUGGCGCCCAGCGAGGAUCGGUAUGCUGCUCUCAAAGAUCUCGACGAGCAGCUAAGGGAACUGAAGGCCAGCGAAUCCGUCGCGGAGGCGCCCACGCCCACCAACGGCAACGUUCAGGCCGCAGAUGCCUUCGGGGGCGCCCUCAACAACAAUCCAAAUCCCUUCAAGAGCCAGCAACAGCAGCAGCUCAGUAGCCACGUGGUGAAUCCAUUCCAGCAACAGCAGCAGCACCACCAGCAUCAGCACCAGAAUCUCUAUGGCCAGUUGACGCUCAUACCAAAUGCCUACGGCAGCAGUCCUCAGCAGCAGAUGGGGCACCACCUCCUCCAGCACCAGCAGCAGCUGCAGCAGCAGCAGCAGCAACAGAGCUUCUUCAACUUCAACAACAACGGGUUCGCCCUGCCACAAGGUUUGCCCAACGGCUGUGGGUUCGGAAGCAUGCAACCCGCUCCAGUGAUGGCCAACAACCCCUUUGCUGCCAGCGGCGCCGUGAACACCAACAACCCGUUCUUAUGAGACGCGACCGGGAAGAGUCCGCCACUCGCCACUUGGCAGAGGCGCUGAGCCAGCGAACAAAGAGCGAGCGAAGACGGAGAGCUGAGGAAGCGAAGCGAAAUUAGUCCAUUUUACGAACAGUAGCGUUAAUCUAUAUAUACAUAAUACACGCCGGAGAGCACCCCUGUGUACAUAGCUCAAAUAUGUACACCCCGAGAUGACGCUAAUCCUGUCGGAGGCAGCGGGUCGGGGCGUUGAUAUAUUCUUUUACAUGGUAACUCUAUUCUAACGUUAACGUUAACGGAUACGGAUAUUUGUAUUUGCCGUUUGCCCCUAGAACUCUCUACUUGUACUAAGCGCCCAUGAACACAUCCACAUCAUCCACUGACUAACAUAGCUACUAAUCCUGAUCCUUGUGGAGGAUGCGGUUGGGCCAGGUUAUACAUGUGUUACUUGUUUUGUCUGUCCUCGUAUUUGUCUUGUCCCAUUUAGCACUUUCUUUUGCGGAUAAGAACUCUGUCAGUUAUUGAUUGUGUGGCCUUAAUAAGAUUAUAAACUAUAUAUUAUAACGUACUACUAUAUAUAUACGGAUACAGAUACAGAUACAGAUAUAUACAAAUAUGCUUUUGUACCUAAUGAAUUGCUUCUUGUUCUCACUGCUAAUCGUCUGCUUUCCGUGUGCUAAUUCAUCUUUUAGUACGUGCGAUAUCGGGCGUGCAGAUAAAUUGCUCAACUCGCGAGUCGAACCUUUUGGUUGCACCCACGGCAGACAUUUGUACAUAUUCUGUCUGAUUGUAAGCCCUGUGUAAUACCUCCAUUAACACCAGUCCCAACCCAUCGGUCGAACCCAGGAACAUGACUCAAUUCACCGUUCACAUGUCCAUGUCCAGAUAAGAAGCAAGAAUUUUUCCAUUUUUAGCCUUAACGUGUCAAACAUUAUCGAAGCCUUAAAGUUAUUUAAACUACGAAAUUUCAAUAAAAACAAAUAAGAACGCUA